GUCAGUGGAUUUUGUAAAGUUUGAUUCAGUUAGUGGCGUGCUGCCGGCGCGAAUUGUUUUCACUCCCUCUGCGAUUCCGAGCUAUUUGUUUAUUUAUUUCUUGCUUUUUUUUUUUUUGUUGUUGAUUGGUGUGAAUGAUGAAAGUGCUUGCGUCGUUGAUCUUGCUGUGGCUUUCGGCCGGAAUAGGAGGAGUUCGGUCGCAGGACGAGGAACUGGGCUGCAUUUGGUAUGGCCAGAGUCACUUGAUCGGUGCCCAUUGGCAAAAUCUGGCGGAUACGCGACCAGCCCGACCGCUAAACAAUCCAACCGCGGAGGCCUUGUUCGCCAAGAGAUGUCCGCUGCUGUACAAGGAGUACAAGGGUGAAAGCGGCGAGGACGAGCUGAGCCUGUGCUGCGAUGCGGCCCAAAUCGAGACCAUGGAUUCGGGCUUGUCGCAGGCCGAUGGCGUUUUCGCCAGAUGUCCCACCUGUACGCGUAACAUGGCCCUGACCGUUUGUGCCAUGACCUGUGCCAAGAAUCACACGCUCUUCUUGACCGGCACGAAUGCCAAGAAUCCGAAUGACGUAGACUACGUGGAGUAUAUAGACUAUAGGAUAUCGGAUGAUACGGUCUCGAGAAUUUACGAGAGCUGCGAUGGCAUUCAGCACACGCAGACCGGCCGACCGGCCAUGGACUUGGGCUGUGGUGCCUACAAUGCCAAGACCUGCAACUACCGCAGAUGGUACCAGUUCAUGGGCGAUGUGAGCGGCGACUAUGUACCGUUCCAGAUCAACUACAAGUGGUCGGACGACAGGGAGGAGGGUUCCGAGGAGAUCUAUCUGGAGCUGAGUCCCUUGAAGUGCGGCGAGAGCUACGAGGAUAGUUAUGCGUGUGCCUGCAUCGAUUGUGAGGAAUCCUGUCCGCUGACCGAUGCGCCCACCAGUCCCGAUGGACUCUGGAAGAUCGGAGGGCUGUACGGGGUGACCUUUAUCCUGGCCCUCGUAAUUGGCAUCGUUCUCUCGGGACUCAUUUGCUGGGGGGCCAGCGGCAGCACCUCGGCGCCCAGUGUCUGCAUGCCCACCCUGUUUGGGGAGUUCUUCUACCACGGCUUCCGCAUCUGGGGCACCUUCUGCGCCAAGCAUCCCGUCCUCGUGCUGGCCCUCUGCUCCUGGGCCAUCGCUGGUUUGGCCUACGGCAUCCGGUUCAUGACCAUCACCACCGAUCCCGUCGAGCUGUGGGCCGGCGCCGAGAGCCAGACGAGGAUCGAGAAGGACUACUUCGAUCAGCACUUUGGGCCCUUCUAUCGCAACAAUCAGAUUUUCAUCAAGGCCAUCAAUCAGACCUAUUUCACACACGAAGCGCAAAGUGGCGUGCUGAAUUUUGGUCCUGCCUUCGAGUACAACUUCCUGAAGGAAGUCUUCGAGCUGCAGGAAGCGAUUAUGAAGCUGGGCAUGGAGACGAACGAGGGCCUCGAUAAGAUCUGCUAUGCUCCCGUUUUGAGGGCUGGCGAAACAGCAACAGUCGACAGCUGCGUUAUCCAGUCGAUCUAUGGCUAUUUCCAACACGAUAUGGAUCGAUUCGAGAACUCCUAUAUCGAUAGCAACAACUACACCGUCAACUAUCUCAAUCAAUUGGAGGAUUGUCUACGAGUGCCCAUGAUGGAGGAUUGCUUUGGAACAUACGGUGGACCCAUUGAGCCUGCAAUCUCGGUGGGUGGAAUGCCCAAGGUCGCGGUGGGUGACGAUCCCGACUACAUGUUGGCCACCGGCCUUGUGAUCACCUUCUUGGGUAAGAAUCAAAACGACGUGACCAAACUGGAGCCCAAUAUGAAGUGGGAGCAGUUGUUUGUGGACUUUUUGCGCGACUACAAGAGCGAUCGAUUGGAUAUAGCCUAUAUGGCGGAGAGAUCCAUCCAGGAUGCAGUGGUGGAGCUGUCCGAGGGCGAAGUGAGCACCGUGGUCAUCAGCUAUGUGGUGAUGUUCGUCUAUGUGGCCAUCGCCCUGGGUCACAUACGCAGUUGUAGCGGCUUUUUGAGGGAAUCCCGCAUCAUGUUGGCCAUUGGCGGCAUUGUCAUUGUCUUGGCCUCGGUGGUCUGCAGUCUGGGUUUCUGGGGCUAUCUGGAUGUGACGACCACCAUGCUGGCCAUCGAAGUGAUUCCGUUUCUGGUGCUGGCCGUCGGAGUGGACAAUAUCUUUAUAAUGGUGCACACGUAUCAGAGGUUGGACCACUCGAAAUUCGAGACCACCCACGAGGCGAUUGGAGAGGCCAUCGGCCAGGUUGGUCCUUCGAUCCUUCAGACGGCGGGCAGUGAGAUGGCCUGCUUUGCCAUCGGCUGCAUGUCCGAUAUGCCGGCCGUGAAGACCUUUGCCAUGUACGCCGCCAUCGCCAUUCUGAUGGACUUUCUGCUCCAGAUCACCGCAUUCGUGGCUCUGAUGGCCAUCGAUGAGAAACGCUAUUUGGACGGCAGACUGGACUUGUUGUGCUGUGUGAGGAGUGGUGGCAAAAGGACUACAAAUAAAGGCGGGGACGGUGUGGACAGACCCAAGGAGGUCGGCAUGCUGGAGUCCAUGUUCAAGAAAUUCUACUCACCCUUCCUGCUGACCAAACCUGUAAAAGUGACCGUUCUGCUAGUGUUCACCGUGAUAACCUGCCUUUCGCUGAUGGUGACGCCCUCCAUUGAGAAGGGCCUCGAUCAGGAGAUGUCCAUGCCGACGAACUCGCAUGUGGUGAAGUACUUCCGCUACAUGGUCGACCUGUUGGCGAUGGGAGCUCCGGUUUACUGGGUCCUCAAGCCCGGACUCGAUUACUCGGAGCCGCUGCAGCAGAAUCUCAUCUGCGGCGGAGUCGAGUGCAACAAUAACUCGCUGUCCGUGCAACUGUACACGCAAUCGCGAUACCCGGAAAUCACGUCAAUGGCCCGACCAGCCGCCUCCUGGCUGGACGACUAUAUCGAUUGGUUGUCCAUCGUCGAUUGCUGCAAGUACAACGUCACCACCGGCGGAUUCUGUUCCAGCAACUCAAAGAGCGAAGAUUGCCUGCCCUGUGAACGUGGAUUUUCAGAAAAUGGCCUACGACCUGAUGCGGAGACCUUUAGCAAGUAUAUUCCCUACUUCCUGUUCGAUCUGCCAGAUGCCGAGUGCGCCAAGGCUGGAAGAGCCUCAUAUGCUGAUGCCGUGAUCUACACCAUCGACGAUGAGGGAAUGUCCACUGUACAGGACUCCUAUUUCAUGCAGUACUCGACCACAUCGACCACCUCAGAGGAGUUCUACUCGCAGCUGCGCGAAGUGCGAAGAAUUGCGGGGGAGAUCAAUGCCAUGUUCGCAGAGAAUGGUGUGGAUGCGGAGAUUUUCGCCUACUGUGUGUUCUACAUUUACUACGAACAGUAUCUGACGAUCUGGGAGGAUGCCAUGUUCUCGCUGGGUAUGUCGCUUUUGGCCAUUUUCCUGGUCACCCUGUUGAUAACUGGCCUGGACAUCACCUCCACACUGAUCGUACUCUUCAUGGUCAUUUGCAUAUUGAUCAAUAUGCUGGGCAUGAUGUGGGCGUGGAGCAUUAACCUGAACGCCAUAUCGCUGGUGAAUCUGGUGGUUUGCGUGGGCAUCGGUGUGGAGUUUGUGGCGCACAUUGUGAGGUCCUUCAAGCGGGCGGAGGGAACUGCCCAGGAGCGGGCUCGUCACUCGCUGAACGUGACUGGGAGCAGUGUCCUCUCGGGCAUCACACUCACCAAAUUCGCGGGCAUCGCUGUCCUCGGUUUCUCCAACUCGCAGAUCUUCCAGGUCUUCUACUUCCGCAUGUAUCUGGGCAUUGUCCUGAUCGGAGCUGCCCACGGAUUGAUCCUGUUACCGGUUCUCCUCAGUCUCCUGGGACCGCUGAACAAAUUGGGCAGAAGCUCGAGUGCCGAGUCCAACACAUCCGCCAACUGAUCGGGAAUAUGAAUCGGGAAUAAUCCCCAAAAAAAAAUAUAUAUAUUAAAAUACAUCUGUAGCCCUUAGAGUGUGCCUGUUGUUGUGUGUGUGAGUGCCUGACUAAACCACUUUUUUACGGUCUGAUUUUUUGCCAUUAGCAGUGAGCUUUCAAUGUCAAAGUGGUCGAACAAUAUUGAUAAAGACAAUAAAAUAAUUAAAUAAUUUAUCUUAAUCUAAA